AUGGUUGAGAAGGCCCGUGAAAGGGAGAUGGAGUUGGAGUCCCGCACGAAGCAGAAGACUGAGCAGGUACAAGCAGCGGGGACUCAAGCUAAGACGCCUAAGACCUCUGAUUCUUCGAGUAAGGUCCAACAGGGUCGGGGCCGAUGUGCCAAGUAUGGAAGAUUUCAUAGUGGGGCUUGUCGGACAGCCGGGAUGUCAGGAAUCUACUCUUGUGGCCAACAAGGGCACUUAAGUAAGGAUUGCCCCAAGAAGGGCUUGAUAUGUUUUCAAUUUAACCAGACAGGUCAUAAAAAGGCCGAUUGUCCAAGGUUGCAGGGUGGAGGAGGAGGAUCUGUGUCGGUGCCCGCGCCCGCCACUAUGAGGAUUACGGAUGGCCGCCUUAAGGCGGAAGCUCCAACAGUGAAGAGCCGCACUUUCCAGCUGACUACCGAGGGGGCUCGGGCAGCACCAGACGUCGUGGCAGGGACCUUCUUGGUCAAUGGUAUGUCGGCCCAUGUUUUGUUCGAUUCGGGGACAACCCGAUCUUUUCUGUCUCUUGCGCUUAGCAAGAAGUUCCGAGACGCACCGGGAACCCUAGAUACCCCGCUCGAGGUGGAGAUUGCAGAUGACCGCACUGUGAGUGCUGCGAGGGUGUAUCAAGACUGUGUUCUGAAUGUGCAUGGCGAGAGGUUCCGCGUUGAUUUGGUCCCCAUACCAUUGCGAGGAUUGAAGGUGAUUAUUGGGAUGGACUGGCUGGGGACCAAUGGGGCCAUGAUUAAUUGCGAGCGGAAGAUAGUCCGGGUUCGAACCCCAAGGGGGGAGAACUAG